UACAUGCCAGGGUGUAAAAAUGCCAAACAAAUACGAAAACGGGAAAUGUCUUUAGCAGUUACCAAUGUUUUAAAAAUCCCAGGAAUUUCUGGGUUAUUAAUUGUUUUUCAGUGAACUGAAAACGUACUAGCGAAAUAAAUAGUCAUUUAUACAUAUUAACGUUCAGGCGACAAGGGAGGGGGUUUCAUUCGGGGAAUUAAAAAGGUCCUCGCAGUUGCUUUGCUAACAAAGCAGGUAACAAAAUGUCGGGAGAGGUAUAUCUCUUCUGGCUUCUGUCGCUGCUGCAGACGCUGUCGGCGUAUGGGUCUGACCUGACAUCUGAGGCAUGCAGGGAGCUGGGCUUCUCCAGCAACCUGCUGUGUAGCUCCUGUGACCUGCUCGGGGAGUUCAGCCUCAUCAAGCUCCAGCCCAACUGUCGGCAGUGCUGCCAGCAGGAGGCCCAGAUGGAAACGCGCAAGGCGCCAUCCUCGAGGUGUGCGGAUGAAAAUUGGGGAGGUUCCCCCAAGUCCAAGAGCGACAAGCCGAAGAUGUUCAAGGGUCUUCAGAUCAAGUACGUCAGAGGCUCAGAUCCUGUGCUUAAGCUUUUGGACGAUAACGGGAACAUCGCUGAGGAGCUCAGCAUCCUAAAAUGGAACACGGACAGCGUUGAGGAGUUUUUGAGCGAGAAGUUAGAUCGAAUAUAGAUGUUAAGAGUUCACUUUUUUCCUCCAUUUUUUUAUGUUAUGAAUACAAAAGUUACCAGAAGCAGGAAAGCUUUUUCUUUUUUUUUAUGCUUUUUUUUUUUUUUCAAUCUGUGUCAAUUGACCAUGUAGUUCUUUAUAGAUUUUCACACAAACUGGCCUUGAUAGAUGUUGAAGGCACUGGUCCAAAUGGCUGUUGUUUUUUUGUUUUGUUUUUUAUUUUGUAUGAAUUUCAUUAAUUACUUUUCCAAGUGACUCAUAUCUGAUGCUGGGAACUUUCAAAGAGCAUAACUGUAAUUUUCACAAUUGAAUUGUAGUUUAGUUUGAAAAAAAGAUCCCUCUGUGUUUCUGAUAUUCUUGUAUAAUUAUUUUUUAUAAUGCUCAACGUUGCGAAUGAUGGAGGUUGGAAAAGCAAAUGAAGCCAUGUUCCUCUUCAGGCGCAGAUGUUUUUGCUGAGGCACACGUUAGUGAAGAACUCACACGAAACCAGUUCUGGGAUGUGAGCUCUGAUGUGAAUUUGUGUAUUUUCGGCAUCUUCUGCCUUGAAGAGAAACUGUAUUUUGCUUCGGAGGCUUGUUUACAAGCUGGGCAAUGGUUAUAAAUAUGCAGCAAUAAAACCAUUAAAAAAAAUUCUCUGGUAGAUUUUUCUGUCAACAUCGUGUCCUUAUUUUUUCUCAAUAAAAACAAGCACAAAAAGCUCAAAACAUGGUUUCUGACUGCUACUCUUGUUCAAAUCAGAC